GUAUAAACUCGGUUGAAUAUUUUGCCUAACUGAUUUUUCAAUUCAUUUCCUUCAAAAUUCAGUGGGAAGAAAAUUAUUCUGAAAUGAUCCGUAGGCGGGAAAAUAUCGCCACCAAUCUGCUUCACUCUCGAUUUCUCCGGCAUUUUAUCGAUCGCUGCAUCCAUACGAAUUCAGGUCGGAAAAAUAAGCCGGAAAAUAUCGGAGACAGCGGAGAAGAAGUAAAAAUACGGCUGUAUAAGAGCAGAGGCCAGCAUCUUCUGACCAAUCCUCGAGUGCUGGACUCGAUCGUCCGAGUUUCCGACAUUAAAUCCGACGACACCGUGCUUGAAAUCGGGCCAGGCACCGGGAAUCUCACGCUCAAGCUGCUCGAAGCUUCCAACAAUGUCUUCGCGAUCGAGAUCGAUAAUCGGAUGGUCGAUAGUUUGCGGAAACGCGUUGCCGCCGCAGGGGUCCAGGAACGCCUGAACAUCAUCAAUGGCGAUGCAUUGAAGACUGAAUUUCCCCAAUUCAAUCUUGUUGUGGCCAACAUACCUUACAACAUAUCCUCACCUCUGCUGGCCAAGCUGGUAUACGGGGCAGCUGCGAAUCCGUUCAGAAGCGCAACUCUACUGCUACAAAAAGAGUUUGCGCGGAGGCUACUAGCAAAGCCAGGCGAUUCCGAGUACAACAGGCUGGCCAUAAACAUGAAUCUCAUGGCAGAUGUGGAGUUUGUGAUGGACGUGAGCAAGAGGGACUUUGUGCCAUGCCCAAAGGUGGAUUCCUCCGUCGUGAAACUCUAUCCCAAAACAGAGAUCCCAGAUGUGAAUCUUGAAGAAUGGUGGGCGUUCACAAGAACUUGCUUCAACAACAAGAACAAAACGCUUGGUGCAACGUUCAAGCAGAAGAGGAAACUGACGGAGCUGAUGAAAUUGAGCAGAGUUGAAGGGUUUUGUCAAGAUAGUAAUGAUCUUGAUGAGUGUGAAAGUGGCUCUCAGCCAGGACUGGAGGUGGGAGACAGGAUCAGCUCGUUUAGGGCGAGAGUCGCGGGGGUUUUGGAGUCAGGUGGUUUUGUGGAUAAGAGGCCAGCUAAACUGUCUCACAACGAUCUUCUGCAUCUGUUGUCUCUGUUUAAUGACGACGGGAUCUAUUUUCGUGAUCAAGCCAAGGGAUCUGAUAGCUGCAGUAUUGCUGAAUUAGAUUUUGAUGAUGGUUUGUUGUAGCAUACUAGCAUUUGCUGGUUCCUGAGGAAGAAAUUUUCUCUCUUUUUCUUUGUUGAUGAUUGAAUUAGACAGAGCAUUCAUAAUCAUUCCAUAGUUUUGAGGAGUUCCAGAAAACAUGAAAUUUAGAAACCUA